GCUCGGGCUCCACGGCGCUCGGCCGGCCCGCAGUCCUCUGACCGCGCGGAGCGGAGCCAGGUGGCGCCGCCCGAGCCCAGAGCCGCGACCCACCCCGGCCGCCUUUGUCUGGGAGCGUGUGGCCUAGAACCGCCGCUCUUGGGGGCCGGGCACGCGCCCACCGCGGUCGGUGACAGCUCGUCCCUCUCGGAGGGCUCCGGGACCGAGGGGCGGGCGGGCCGGGCCCUGCUCGCUCGCGCCUGCACGCCCGAGCGCGCGCACCGAUGCCCCCGCAGCAGGGGGACCCCGCAUUCCCGGGCCGUUGCGAGGCGCCGCCCGUUCCGCCGCGCCGGGAGCGCGGGGCGCGCGGGGGGCGCGGGCCCGGGGCGCCGGGGGGCCGGGGGCGCGCGGGCGGUGCCGAGGGGCGCGGCGUCAAGUGCGUGCUCGUCGGCGACGGCGCCGUGGGCAAGACGAGCCUGGUGGUGAGCUACACCACCAACGGCUACCCCACCGAGUACAUCCCCACCGCCUUCGACAACUUCUCGGCGGUGGUUUCUGUGGACGGACGGCCUGUGAGACUCCAGCUCUGUGACACUGCCGGGCAGGAUGAGUUUGACAAACUCAGGCCCCUCUGCUACACCAACACGGACAUCUUUCUUCUGUGCUUCAGUGUGGUGAGCCCCUCAUCCUUCCAGAACGUCAGUGAGAAGUGGGUGCCCGAGAUCCGAUGCCACUGUCCCAAAGCCCCCAUCGUCCUCGUUGGAACUCAGUCGGAUCUCAGAGAAGACGUCAAAGUCCUCAUUGAGCUGGACAAAUGCAAAGAGAAGCCGGUGCCUGAAGAGGCAGCUAAGCUGUGCGCCGAGGAGAUCAAAGCCGCCUCCUACAUCGAGUGUUCGGCCUUGACUCAGAAAAACCUCAAAGAGGUCUUUGACGCGGCCAUUGUCGCUGGCAUUCAGUACUCAGACACUCAGCAACAGCCAAAGAAGCGCAAAAGCAGGACUCCUGACAAAAUGAAAAACCUCUCCAAGUCCUGGUGGAAAAAGUACUGCUGUGUCGUAUGAUGUUGGCAAGAAACCCGGAAAAGGCAGUUUUUAGAUGAAGCCGAUAUUAGAAGCUAUAUUAGCUGACGUGACUCCUUUUAUUGUGUAGAACCUGGAGAGGGAACGCGUGUGUAUGCGUGUAACAGGUGGAGCUCUCAGUUUAUGUAUUCUUUCUUGCCUUCGACGUUUUUGUUUGUUUCAGCUUAGGGACCAGCCAAUUAUGCAAGAUAUUUCUGAAGGGAGUUGAGCAAUGUUCCUAACUCUGGAAAAGUAGAGCUCCGAGACCUCGGGAUUAAUUUAUAGCUAAUAUGAAAGAGACCCGCUCGGAUGUGGGUGUCAAGGAUGCGACUUGGCCGCAUUAUGAUGCGCAGAAGGACCAACGGCGAAAUGGUGUGGUCCACCCUCCCUUGAUUAAGGGCUACUCGAUGCAAGGACGUUCCGUACGCGGGCCGGCCAGGGAGCACCUGUCAGAAUUGCGUUUCAACGUCCACACUUACAUUGUCCCGCCUGCAGGGAAGUGAACAUUCUUGAAGGGCCUGCAGCAAAUGUUUGUAGGAGACAAAAUGACCUUUAUUUCCCUUAAGUCAGCCAAAAUGUGUACACGCACACGCACACGCGCACGUACGUACGGCUAUAUUUGCUGCUGAUUCAGACUUUUAAACGGUUAAUGGGAAAAAGCACGGCCACGAAAAAACAGAUACGAGGGAAGCUCAGGUUCCUGCUUUUGUGACUUUUUUGAACAGCUCUCUUUUUGAUGAUACCCUACUCAGAGAUGGGAUUUUAACUACGUCCCGACGCAUCUUUGAGGCCACCUGAAAACCAAACGUGAACAACUUUUGAAACCUGUUUUAAAAUGGGUGUCUCUUGAAACCCGUUACGACAACCAGUGAAGUCCACAGAUGCCUUUCAGGGACCUGGCAGCAGGGCCCGGCGCUGUGUGUCACCGGGCUCGUGGGGCUGGUCUGCUGCGGCCGGCCGGGGGGCGGUGGG